CGUUUCGUUCGGAUACUGGCGGACGGGCUUUGUUUUUUGCCGCGGCACCCAAUCAGCAACACAUAGCUUCCUUACGACGUGCGGCUCGCACUUGAGAACUAAUCAACUUGCGGAACACCUCAUACCUUAUAAACCGGAACGGGAUAUGAUGACGCCAAUCGUGCCGUGCCCGCUUGUGAAGCAUAUGAUUCUCGCAUGUCGUAGCGUGGUAGCGCGGCUCGUCAACACAUAGCAUUGUGUUACAGAAGCCCUGCCCUGAUCUCUCUGACCUUGCUCCCUUUCCCUGCAGGCUGCGAUACCGAUUCAAGCAAAGCGAUACGCACAUGAGCAACACAUAUUGUGACGGAUUUGCAGCCACGGUGACCGACUGUUCACUGAAUCAAAGUGCGUCUCAGGGCUUCAUUGAAUGCAACCUUCGAUUGAGGCCUUCGCGGCCAGCUGAUAUUUCUUCUUUUCCUGCCACUUCCCGUGCUGGUUUCACUUGCUCGUGCCCGGAGCUUCCGGUGGGCGACGUGCCCGUCGAGCUCCACUCACGAAGAAGGUGCACGAGUCGCAGUGCGCCAAGGAGGUAUCGGCGAGCUCUUCCAUGGCCGCCUUCCGGCCUCGAGGCCCCGCCCCCAUAGGCGGCGGCGGGGCGUCCUGCGCCGGGCACCCGCGGCUCCCACAGCUCGCCGCGCGGCGGGCACAAGCCCAGAGCCCCGCCGCCUG